AUGCUGUUGGUUGUUCUCGCCGCCCCCCUCUUGUGCAACCUCUGCCUGGCAGUGGACCUAGUCUUCCACCAGGGCGGCCAAUGCGGCCCUAGCCGUUACUGGGCUGGCUGCAUUGACCUUCCAAUGGACACGUGCUGCCUGAUCUAUAGCACCUGGUGCGGCGUCAUGGAGUGUAUCGGCUGUAACCGCGGCAACUACCUGUACACGUAUAUCGGAGAAGACAGCUGCGAAAACGAUCCCCACCAGCGGUGUGUCCAGCCCGGCGCCGACGGGCCCAGUCUUCUGUGCUGCCUAGACUUUGCCGGAAACGAAUUGUGCGGCGGAUCGUGGGCGUCCGUCGCGCCCGGCGCAGCCACCGAUCGCGCCAAGCCCCAGAACAACUGCACCAAGUCUGUUGAGCCCAACAAGAUUUCGUACGUCGACCUUGACGGAGUGCGCCGCGACAUCUUCCUGCCCAAGGGUUCCUUCCCACGAGCCACCGAGUUGGUUGUUUCGAAAGACUUUGUUGCGCUAGCUGUCGAGUUUCCCGUUUGGGGUGAGUUUUCUUAA